GGAGGGCAGAGCCUUGGCAACGGCAUUUGCAAAAAAAAGGGAGGCGCGAGGGAGCGCCGGUGUCGUCACAGUCCCCCCCCCCCUCCCCAACAGUAAGGGCGCGAGCUCUGGAAGGGUUAGACGUCUCUUUUCCCUCCAUGCGCGCCCACGUACGCACCUCCACAGGCACACGAGAGCGCGCUUCCGCCCCCUCUGCGCGCGGGUUCGCGGGAGCCGUUCCAGCGCCCCGAGCCGCUUGUCGCGGGAGUAGCCAAAGACGCUCCGUCCGUCCGUCAGCCCCACACCCGAACGGGCGGCCCUGAGGAGGGGGGAAGGAAAGAAGGAGCGGCGGCGGCGGGAUUAUUAUGGGCUGUGGGUGCUGAGCAAAGAUGGAGCUGUCUGCUGUGGGCGAGAGAGUCUUCGCGGCCGAAUCCAUCAUCAAGCGGCGGAUCCGAAAGGGACGCAUUGAAUACCUGGUGAAAUGGAAAGGCUGGGCUAUCAAGUACAGCACUUGGGAGCCUGAAGAGAACAUCCUUGAUUCCCGUCUGAUUGCAGCUUUUGAGCAAAAGGAACGUGAACGUGAACUAUAUGGGCCUAAGAAGAGAGGACCCAAGCCUAAAACUUUUCUGCUGAAGGCUCGGGCCCAGGCCGACGCCCUACACAUUGGGGAUGUACAUUUUUCUGUCAAGCCUAGCUCCAGCACAUCCUCGCCCAAACUCCAUUCCAGUGCUGCAGUACAUCGGCUCAAGAAGGACAUUCGGCGAUGCCACCGUAUGUCUCGGCGCCCUUUGCCUCGCCCAGACCCCCAGAAUGCUGGGGGGAUGGGUGGGGGCACUGGCAUGCGCCCUCCUGUCUCCCCUUUCUCAGAGACUGUCCGUAUUAUCAACCGCAAGGUGAAGCCUCGUGAACCCAAGCGCAGCCGCAUCAUUCUAAAUUUGAAGGUUAUUGAUAAGGGUGGAAAAGCUGUAAAUGGGGGAGGAGGCUUGGCUCGGUCUAAGAUCCCAUCACGAAACCGCGUGAUCGGCAAGAGCAAGAAGUUUAGCGAGAGCAUGCUCCGCAACCAGAUUCGCCACAUGAAAUUUGGAAACUUCCCUCUGUACAGCAAGCCAUCGGCUCCAACCCCAUCUCUUGAGGGGAAAGCAGAGGCGGGAAGCUCCCAAGGUGCCUCUUGUGGGCUCAUGGGUUCCACCGCUUAUGAUGCCCGCAGUUCCAGCUCCUCUGACUGCCCCUCGCCAGCUCCGCAUUCCUCAUCUGACCCAGAUGAUUCCCCACCAAAGCUGCUUCCUGAGACACUAAGCCCUGCCAUUCCCGACUGGCGCGAGUCGGAAGUCCUUGACCUGUCAAUCCCACCUGAGUCAGCAGCCACCAGCAAGCUGUCUCCUUCUGGAGGUGGCGGUGGGGGUCACAUGCCCUCAUCUCCCUCCUCUUCUGAUCCAGAGCAGGAGGCGGGUGAUUGGCGCCCUGAAAUGUCCCCUUGCUCUAAUGUGGUGGUCACUGAUGUCACCAGCAACCUCCUGACAGUCACCAUCAAGGAAUUCUGCAAUGCUGAAGAUUUCGAGAAGGUGGCUGCUGCUGCUGGAGGAGGGGGAGGGGGAGGCAGCAGCAAGUGAGAGACUGCGUUUCUCUUUCAGUGGGUUGGGGGGAAUGGGUCAGAGAGGCUCAGCUGCAAAGUCAUGCAUGGUAUGAAUGCCUAUUUUCUCCUUUCCUCCUUCUUGUCCCCUCUCUCUUUCUCUUUCUCUGUCUCUUUCUUUCUCUCUCUCUCUCUGGAAUUUCAGAUGGUUGUGGAGGAACUGGAAUGGAUAUGUUUGAAAUUCUAUAGUGACAUAGCUGCUGAGGGUUAUGGUGGGACAUGGCGGUUUCCCUUUUGGUCUUAAAGAAUUAUUGUCACAUUAAAAUGGAACUUGGAAAAUUGGAACUUAGGUGGGUGGGGUAUGUUAGGAGGAAAAUAAAUUUUCCACCUGAUUGAAUUGAACAAGAGAGAAAUUCUUCAGGCGAACACCCUGACGGGAUCUGUGUUGCCUGUGUUCCUCCUUCCUGCAGUUUGACCCCUGUCAGCUUUCUCUCAUAACUUUGGUAAAAUCUCAUUGGAUGAACUGUGGUGGGAGGAGGAGGUUUGCAAGAAGGGGAGGUGAGACAGUUGAUUGUUGGGGUUGGUCUGGGGUGGCUUCAGAACUUCUGUGGGUGUGCAUGUUCUCAGUGUGGGUGUGCCAGUAGGCUCUUCCACCUUGCGUAUAUAGAGGUGCUAACUUGGUAAUUGUGGUGGCACUUUGAUACAGCCUGGGCAUUCCCCUCCUCUUGCCCCACCCUGUCAAUCCUGCACACUGUUAUUUGUCAAACUGGAGUUUCUUCAGCCUUAUUGAGGUAUCAGUCUUGGCCCAGAUCUUCUUCCAUUGUUCCUUCUGCCUCCUUGUUCUGUGGCAUGUGGGUCCCCUUCUUGAAACUUGCUAACUCAAAAAAGCUGUUUUAUUAUGCAGGAGAGAUGGACAUGCUGUGCAGUGGUGCCGGCCCAGUAAGAUGAGAUCUACUCUUAUUUUGCAUUGACUUAAUACCAUUGUCCUUGCUGUGGGAUGGGCAAAAAACAAACAAACCCUGCUUACUUUUGUCUUUCCCACCUAUAUCUCUCUGCAGGAGUUUUAGAAGUGCAUUCACAUCUGCAGUCCCCAGGAUCUCAAAUGCCUCUACAAUUGCCAACCAAAGGUGCUAAGAACCUGUUGUAAAAUCUUACUCUAUCUCUUGGAUCCUGUGUGUGUGUGUGCGUGCGUUUGUGUGACUAUGCUGUGUACGUUAACCUCUCCCAUCCGCUUCUCCAUGACACCCUGCUUUUCAUGUAUUCACUCUGAUGGAAAUUUAACACCCUGUCUGGAAAGCAGGCGAUCAUGUGUCUACUUUUGUUCUCUCCCUACUAUCGUUCAUAGGGUGUUAAUAACUAUAAAUUCAUGUAUUAGUGUCCAAGAUUCUACUGCGGAAGUAAAAUCAUUUCUGCAAACAUGUACAUCACGGUCUAUCUGUCAUCUUAUAAUGUUCGAGUCUUGUUAGAAAUGUCCCUUCCCAUCCCAUGUGCUUCUGUGCCAUUAGUGGUGUGUGUGUGAGAGAGAGAGAGUGUGUGUACACUGUUACCUGUUUUGCUGUUUGUGAGCUUUGCUGUGCUGUGGGCAGAAAGUGUGUUUAUAUGUGAGUGUGCAUAUGAGAGAGAAAAAACUCUGAAGGGCUUGUCUGCACGUUAUGCUGUCUAUGAGACUAAAUUCAUUUUUCCUGUUGGCAUCUCUGUCCGGUAUUCUUAUUUGAACGUUCUUCUUUUCAAGGGCUUGCUUAAUGUGUGGUGUUUAAUUUUAUUUUAUUUUUACAUUUAAUUAAUUAUUUAUCCAUACCAUGUAAAGGCUGGUGCUGCAAAAUGUUGUGGCUUAUGCUUUUUGAUCUAUUGAUAGACAAGUUUUCUUUACAAAAAAACCCCAAUGCGGUGCAGUAACAAUUCAAUAUCUUGCAUUGUGAGGGCAUCCACCCCUGAAAAAGGUGCCCCGUCAUUCCUCGUGGACUCUGCAAAGUUCUGUUUGAUUAUCUCUGUGCUUUAAAAAGAAGCCAGACCUUUGCUAAGAACAGGAUUUAGAGGCAAUGCGGUAAAAUUGUAUCCAUUAUUUCAAACAAGAUGCCUACCAGAAGCAAAAUGUGUAAUGUUGCAAAUGUGUCUCUGGCGGCUUGAAUGUAGUCAGUACCUAAGAUGUGUGAUUUGAGAUGUCGUUAUUCUUUUGCCGUACCAUGCAACACUUUUUGUCUUUUAUUUUAAGUAUUUCAGAACCAGUAAAAUCUAUAGGAUGUACAGGGUUAAUACCUACACACUUCUGUUAAUUUGUGAGUCCAAGGCUUUCUGUAAUUCCACAAGUGCAUGCAUUGGAAUAGCCGCUUGUUGUUUUUUGUAGACUCCGUGAGACAGGCUGUAUCGUUGCUUUGCCUCAGAGUUGGGAGGCUUUUUUAUGGGAGUUUAUUUUAAUGGCUGUAGCUUCAAAGGUGGGUGGGCUUGGGCUGGGAUGAGGGUAGAGAUGUAUAAUGGGAGAAUGAGCAGGGAGACUUGUAUUAAAGAGAAUACUUUAAAGGAGAAAAAAUAGAGGAAUUAUUUUAUGAAGCCGCAAGAAAAGAACUAUUAUACUGGGUGUGUGCAUACUAGUCAGUCGUAUAAAGAUUGAUCAGUAUGUUUGGCUCUUUGUUUUGUUUUGAAGUUUGACUGGUAUUUGGAGAAAUAGAUGGGCAAUAUUAAAGGGAAUUCUAAUAGGAAACUCUUCCAAUAUUUUAGCACAUGUUCUCUUGGCAGAUCCUCCUCCCCCACUUUCCCCUGGUCUCUUUGGUUCUGUGAGUUUCUGCAGAGCUGGGCUUUUGCCUUCCUUUGAGAUGAUCGACUAGUCCUUCAGAAGCAUAUAAUAAGGAGCCUCCAAGAUUGGGCUCCAAGAUCUUUUUUUUCCUUCCUGGAAGACUGUAGUAGCUAUGAAACUAAGAUGGGCACAGCCUUCAUGUAGCUAGUAGUUGUCAUGUGCUGAUUCAGUCAGGUCUGACACUUCCAGAGGUUUAUCUGGAAGCACCCAGAAGAUUUUUUUUCCCAAGGAAGAGAAAAGUCAGUAGGAAACUCUUUCAUUAACCAACCUUGGCAUGUUGCUGAUGUGGCAUCAGCUGAGGAGAGUAGAAUUCCUGUCUUCAUGGAAAUGCACCAGUAAGGGUUGUGGGUCCACAGAGAUGUGGAACGUUUACCUAGCCCCAAGAGUUGUUUUGGUGCAAAGGCAAGUCUGCUAUUCUGGUGGUGUCUUUGGCCAGUUAUUUGGUAUUAACAGCCCCCCCUAUUUUUCCUUUACAAGUUUUUUACUACCAAGAUUGUACCAACCAGGCAGUUCACCUUCUUCCCAGAGGCUUGAAUGUUCUCCCCUGAAAUAGAAGAAUCUCUCUUGUGGGGUUCAGUAUGUGCAACCUGUGGAAUGUACAGUUGUUUUUUCAGGGUGAUGAAAGCCUUACAAACUUUUCUGCACCCUCCUUGGGUAUACAGUCUCCCAAGAGUCAGUUGAGUUGCUCAUUCCUGUUAACUGCAGCAGCAAGCCUAGUCCCCUACUCAAUCGAACCACUAGAGGGUGACAACGAAUUACUGUUACUACUCAGUGUUGUGGGUGCUGACCAAUUGCCUAGCAUUUUUGGGAAUGUUCUCUUCACAAAAACAGGAUACGGUACAACUCUCAAACUCUUCAUUCCAAGGUGGCAUGUAAAAUAGGAAAACCAGGGGAGAAUAUUCUUUGUGACUGUGCCAUGUGUGUUCUUUUGAUUCUUUGAGGAGUGUUUGAGGGAAGGGGGGUGGGGAGGGAGAGAGAAAAAAGAGAAAAGACUAGUUUUACAAAGUAAGAGGGUUUUUUAAAAGAAAAGGUAAUGAGAUUUUUACUGAUGGAGGAUAGAGAAUUUAAAAAUAUAAAUGCAGUGAUUGCACAAACUGUAGUGAUUUUAGCUGGUCCUUUAAAGAAGAAAAGUAUUUUUAGUAUUUGUGUGUGGUAGAGUGGUGUUCAGAUCAUUUGAAAUGGGUAAGAAAAGAGCAAAGAAGAGCAGCAGUUACUGAUCUAAGGAGGCAAAGUCCAUAUCUUAGGGGAAACAUUUUCUCUUCCCUUUUCCCCACACUAAUAUUGGGGUGGGUAAAGUCUGGGGGUGGGGGAAUCCCAUGUUCCUUCAAUGCUAUGAUGGAACCAGAGUUGAGCCUCAUUCUGACAAAGUUGUUCACAUGUGUAGUACAAGAUAUUUUAUCUUUUAUAGGAAGUUGAGACUCCAGACUUCAAGGUUAUUUGCAAAGGUAAGGCCUACUAAACUGAAUGGGACGUUGUGAUUUUGGGUUUUUCAGCACCAAAUGAGUAUCCUAAACAUUUAUGGAGUGAAAGAAACCCGGAAGCUGACAGAUGUUGCCUGUUUUGCUGACAGGUUCACUUCAGUGCAUACAAAGGUUGGUGUCUGUGAAAUACAACAAGCACCAAAUUCAUUCUACAUCUUUCUAAUCCGUUUGAUCCAGAAAGCUUUCGCCAGUAUUGAGUCAUUCUUGAAAAUAGCAAACGCAGAAGUAACAUGGGCAGUUUCAACUGCUUUUAUUCUGGUACAUGAAAGGACAUGCAAAAGGAAGGUAAAAAGACUGAUGGAGGUUAAGCAGGUCAGGUGUGUGAUUAGGGUUUUAGAGGUAGGAGCACCAUGAAAUGUGGAAAAUAGGGUGAUGAGGCGUCUUACCACAAUCUGCAGUUUCCCAUAUACCUACCUGUGUACAGGAUUGGUUGACAUUCUUCCUCCUAAACCAAAUAAGGCAUGCUCAAGUAUUAGUGUGCACAGCUAGUAGCAGAAAUGGGGGGAAAUUCUCUCUGGCAUCACCCUGUACUGUCUUGGUAAUGGUGAAGUUCAGCUUUGAGAACUGAGCCGAUAUCAUCAACCAAGGUGUUCAUUUUCACAGCUGAGUAUCAAUGACAGAUCUCUAGAGAGUGACACUCUUGCACCUGUUCUGCAUCAGCUUUUGGGGCAAUAGAGGAGCAUUGUCCUGUUUGUUAGACACACCGGGACAAGAGGAGUGAAGUGCAUGCCAAAACUAUCUUUAGUGGAGCAAAGUUGUGUUCUGCCACACUGAGGAUAGUGUGUAAUGUUUGUGGAAAGCCGUCCUGUUUCUCUUGCAUGCAGAAUAGCAUCUUUGCUUUCAUGCUCUUCAUUUCUUGUUGCCCAUGGGAAAGCAAAAUUGAAAAGAAAGCUUGACAUCUUUUUUUAACGAAGAAAAGUAAUAGAUUAACUUUUUUAGAAUGGUUAAUCUACCCCAUGAGUGUGUCCUCCUUUCAUUGUAUAGUGAAUGGGGCCCCACUCUUGGGGAAUGUUUGCUUUCACACCUCGCCAGUUGGACUGUGCUCCCAUUCCUCAGUCCUGUUAGUCAUAGUAGGUUCUGCCUCCUAUACAUGGAGCAGGCAGUGAUGGUGAGACCUGUGAACAAGAUUGAUGUAUGAUUCUGAGUGGGACACUGACAUUCAGUGACACCCAUCUCUGGAGGACCCCUCUGCUUUGUCUGGUGAAGACGAUGCGUAACUCUACCUCUGUUGCAAAAAGGGUGCUAACUGAGCUGAGUCUUCCCAGUUAACAAGGCCCCAUUUUUUUUGGCCUCUUAUAUUUAUGAGCAGCUAAGUGCAACAUUCUUUGCUGUCUGCUGUCUGUGUAGGCUGCAGUCGUGUGAGUGAACAACUCCCUCUUUGGGCAACAGAUUUGAAAAGAAAACCCACACAGGAUGAGAGAAUUUCUCAUGCUCCAAAUACCACCUCCACUGUGCUUCUGGUGAUGAAUCGUUAAAGAGUUUUGGAGCGAAUUGGGAAGAGGUCCUAGCAGUGUUCCCGUUAGGGAACUAGAAUAAGCCUGGAAUGGGUUUCCUGCUGUGUAGUCAAGAAUCCCUCUGUGUGAGCUGUCGCGUCCCUCUUGCCCCUUGCCCCCCGAGGCCUUGCACUGUUUUGCCUGGGGUACUCUGUGCUCCAGUGUUGCUUGCUGUGCUGCUUUUUUGACUGUUCACUAAUUGUGCAAGAGCUGGGAUCUUUCUUUUAUAUAUGUACUGUGUGUAUAUAUCAAUAAUCCUCCACUUAACCUGCCCACAGUGUUUUGUAUUAAAUCAAGGCCACAAACACAAUCCUAAUGCUGGGAGUAGGAAUGCCUCACUGCAAUGAUCCGCAAACUACUUAGCUUCCCUUCAUCUCUCCCAUUUCCGCUGGUAAGAUAUGGCUCGUGGGGAGGGCUUGCUGCCGUUCUUCUGAACAGCUCUAGUUGCGUUCAUUGUCUGUUCUCUGUUCCCUCUUCACCUUGUAUCUUCACCAACAUAAACUUUUCUCUGAGGUUUAAGAUUUGAGGACCCACAAAAAUAGAGCUUAGAGUGAACGUGGUCCUUCCCCAUAUGGUUUCCUCUAAAUGUAUCCUAACCUCAAAUCCCCAGCCACUUAAUUCCUUACUACACCCAAGAGACCUAGUGUUCCUUAUUGACUCAGACUUCUUUUUUUAUAAAAAUUGUUGGUUAUAUGCAUAUCACAUUAAGAGUAGGGUUCGGGAGCCUGAGUUCAAAUUCCCAUUCAGCUGUACAGCAAACUGGGCUUCCGCAGGCGAGUCAUUCUGAUUCCAGUCCAGGUCACAUGGUUGUUAUGGGAGUAAAAAUGAAGGAAAGGCAGGCCGUGUAUACUGCCCUGAGCUCUUUGGUGGAAGUGCAAGAUAAAAAGGUAGACAGUACCCUGUGGAAGGGCAAGGUGGCAUCUGGGCAGUGCCUUUUGCUUCUUCCAAGGACUUGGAGAAGCAGAUUGGAUUGUCUAGAGCUGGGGUACCCCACUUUAGCGCUCUGGCAGGGGUGUCCAACUCUGGCCAUUGGCCGUGCUGGCAGGGGCUGAUGGGAAUUGUAAUCCAUGAACAUCUGGAGGACCAGAGUUGAACACCCCUAACCUAGAUUAAGCAAAUAUAAUUAGCACCGUGAAAGCAUUUUGCAGAUUUUGGAUUACUGUAAACUGGUGCAGUUUCUUUUUUUCUAAAGCACAGAAUGCACUUAACAGAAGAAUCUUGUGGCAUCUUGAAGUUUCAGGUUUAUUGAAGCAUAAGAUUUUAAUGGACCCCAGCUCACUUUGACAGAUGCAUGAAAUUGACCCUCUUUAGCAGAAUGUAUGCACAGUAGAGGGACAGAAGGAAUGGGCAGUGUGGUUAAAAGGCUGUGGAAUGUAGUAGUUUGAUUGAUCUUCACAAAACUCAAAGAUAUAUAAGAUAAAUGCAGUGGUAAUUCACAACAGUUGUAGUUGGUGAUAACAUUAAAUACAUUUCAUGGCCUUUAAUCUCCACUGUUCACUGUUUUCCUCUCUUCUGUGUAUUCUAAGCAUCCAUUUCAGAGUGGGCUCUAGACUGAAAGCUUACGACUUAAAAAACCUGCUUUUCUGUAGAACUAAUGAGCCUCCUUUUUUGUAUUUUGCUGCAACAGAUUAACACUGUUACUCCAUUGAGAUCUGUAAGAAUACAUGCAGUAAUUGGAUCUGAUACAUUUCAAGAAACAGUAACUUGUUUUUAGAGCAGCUUCAGUACACAAGAGAACUUGACAGAGUAUUGGCUGGUGGUCCCUUUACGUUCAUUCUCUGUCUCCAUUGGUGGCUGUUGCUGGACGUUGCAGAGGAUCUGGGUGGCUGCAGUGCUCUUAACAAUUCACAUUGUGACCUAGGUCAGCUUCCACAACUUGAAUAUGCAAAGAUCACCUGGGGCUUAAAUAAGUCCCUGUUUUUUCUUUUUUCUUUUUUGAUGUCAUGGGACUAUAUCAUUGCUUUUUCUGUUCCUCAAACUGAGUGAGUGGGAAGAGAUGUGCUUCUCUUUGGCCACACAUUUCCCCUUCUCUAGAGCAAAAGAUGAAGCCUUAUAAGGCUCCCAGCAGUUCUGUUGACAAGGGAUAUGUCCUCAAGAUUCUCUGCAUUCUGACAAUAAUUUCUUUCCAGUUUUAUACUUUUUCCUGACAGAUGGUCCAUCUUUAGCAUUAGCCCCCAAGGGAAUACUGGUGUCAUUUGAACAAGCACUCUGUUCUCUACUUGUGAAGAAGGUUGUCUUUCUCCUUCACUUUUUCACUAGCAUUCAGCUGAGCUAGACGAAAAGGGUAUAUAAAGUUCUGUAAUGGGAGAGGCUUUUGUGUGGUAUCAAAUGGGUAGGGUGAAGAAAUCAGGGAUAAUGAUAGAGUAAAAGACAUCUGAAAGGGCUUUCUUUAGCAUCAAACAAUAAAGGAUGUUUGGUAGGUGAAAAUAUCUCCAGGUUAUUUAAAAUAAUUUCUUUGGUUGGAUUUAAUUGGAUCCUGAUUCCAAAGUAUAAAAUCCCACCUCUCUGUUGCAUAGCACUUAAAAAUAUAAGCACAUGCUUUAAUUUAGCACUCUUGUACUGGGGCCUUCAGCAUGAACUGCUUUGCCAUUGUAAGCAAGGUCUUUCUGCCCCCUCUGUUAGUAACCCUCGCUAUGGCCAGUGUUAGCUCCAGCCUCUCAAAAAGCAAACCAUUCCAAGUUAUAUUUCCAGGCACAAAAAUAGCUUAUAGGAAUUUUUCUGUGUCAUUAAGUAGCAUAGCAGAGAAUCUCUAAAGGUGAGAGUGAUACUACUGAGGUUCUCAAGGGUUUGGUAGCCAUUUCUUUAUUCUUUUGUUGGGAUUACAACCCUAUCCUGACAAUGCAAUAGCAUUGGGAAGCUUUCUAGUGUUGGUUGUGUAGUAAUAGGGAAGCAGCCAUCAGUUCUGUAACAAUGGGGCUUUCCCACUAAUCAUCUUCUUAGUGGUGAAUUAAAAAAUGGCUAACCUUCGAAGGCUGCUAUAAGCAUCACACAAAGCCAGGAACUGACUUCCCUGUGGUGUUCAUAGGCCUUGAUCCAUAGUAAGGUAAAUGUCUUUUUAACCCACUGUCGUCGUAGCCAUUUUGAUUCUGCAGGGAAUUUUUCUCUCUUUAACACCUGAAAUGCAAAGAUUGGGAGAAACCAAUGCAGAUGGUUAAAAAAAGGUGACAGGAUUUGUAGAUGUUUUCUGAAAUGAAUGCCACAAGGAAAGCGAUGAAAGAAAGUUGGAAACUUAAGAGCGUCACGCUUGCUUCACGAUGACUGCUGUCACUACCCUUAAGCAAUUUUAUAGAUAUAUUUCAAGGGUGAAGUUUCUGGUGCUUUUUUAAAAAAAAAAACAAAUCCUGCAGUUUUAUAACCAAAAUGACUAAAUGUGCUGCAUUCUUCUGUCCUUUCUCUUGAAGUCUCUCAUCUUUACACAAGCAAUUGCAAGAAGGUAUAGAUUUGAUGCUUGAUGCUUACUUGUGUUCACCCUUGCACUUGCCCGUGCCGGACCUCAGCUUUGCCAAAACUGAUGCUGCUGUAACAGAGAACAGGUAAACUUGUGACUUGUGUACCAUAUGAGGGCUUUCAAACCUGAUUGUGGCACUCGCUUUGGCCUUACAGAACUACAAAUAUUUGAGUGCUCUUAAAUGUAAGCCUGCGUGUUAGUUUUUGCAAAGUUGAGGCCCUGUGCUGAAUUUGUAAAACGAUGAGCUGAAGUUAUGUUCUCCACUCUUGGUGGACAGAAUAGACUUUUAAAGAAAAGCAAAUAGCUAAAUAUGUAUCUGGUAACUUUUUAUUUUGGAGAAAAAUGCAUUUAAUGAAAUAAUUGUGCACGAAUGAAGUAUUAUCUAUUUUUUUGUCUUGUAAUUCUUCAAUUUUAAAUAUAGUAUUUUGCGUUUGCUUGGUUGCUUUUGAAAAUCCAGUUCUCAGCUGGCUAAACUGUCUAGAAUGGGCGGGGAUGGGAAGCUCAGUAGGACGGGUGAUUGAAUCGCCCCUCCGGGUGGCAUUUCCAAUGGAAAAGUGGCUUGCUCCAGGUUUUGUGGGGGUUUGUGCUAAUUACUCUCGUAUUCUUGUACAUUUUGUUUCUUCUGCUGCUCUUGAAUAUUGUAUCAAUGCCAGAAAUGGGGAGUUAAAAAGAUGAACCCCAAUAAAAAUGUUACAUUCCAAA